GUAAUUAUAUACAUGUAGCUCUGUUUCUGUGUCAAUCCAAGAUUUUUUUAUCUAAAUAUGAAAAUAGCCAUUUGACUUUGGGGAGUAUUUUUUAUUCAUUUAGGUUUUUUGUCCCAACCCCAAUACAAUUGUUUAUGUGACCAAAACAUAGUGUGGGUGAUGUCAUUGUAUGGAUGUGCUAUCAUACUUGCUGUCUAGACAUUGGGUAGUUCUUCAUUGUCUGUCUUUGUUUGUACCUCCUUUUUGUUGGAAGAGUCAAGUGUUGAUGGCUGGUGUGAUCAGGAGGAGUCAGGUGUUGAUAGAUGGUGUGAUCAGGAGGAGUCUGGUGUUGAUGGCUGGUGUUUAGGGAAGUCAGGUGUUAAUGGCUGGUGUGAUCAGGAGGAGUCACUGUCAGGUGUUGAUGGCUGGUGUGAUCAGGAGGAGUCGGAUGUUGAGUGCUAGUGUGAGCAGGAGUCGUCAGAUGUUGAGGGCUGAUGUGAUCUGGAGUCAGGUGUUAAGGGAUGGUGUGGUCAGGAGUCAUCAGGUGUUGAUAGCUGGUGUGAUCAGAAGUCGUCAGAUGUUGAGGGCUGGUGUGGUCAGGAGUCGUCAGGUGUUGAUGGCUGGUGUGAUCAGGAGUCGUCAGAGUCAGGUGUUGAGGGCUGGUGUGAUCAGGAGGAAUCAGGUGUUGGAGGCUGGUGUGAUCAGGAGGAGUCAGAUGUUGAUAGCUAGUGUGGUCAGGAGAAGUAAGGUGUUGAUGGCUGGUUUGAUCAGGAGGAGUCAGAUGUUGGUGGGUGUUGUGAUCAGUAGGAGUCAGAUGUUGAGGGCUGGUGUGAUCAGGAGGAGUCAGGUGUUGAGGGAUGGUGUGGUUAGGAGUCGUCAGGUGUUGAGGGAUGGUGUGAUCAGGAGUCGUCAGAGUCAGUUGUUGAGGGCUGGUGUGGUCAGGAGUCGUCAGAUGUUGAGAGCUGGUGUGAUCAGGAGGAGUCAGGUGUUGAUGGCUGGUGUGAUCAGAAGGAGUCAGGUGUUGAUGGCUGGUGUGAUUAGGAGUCGUCAGAGUCAGGUGUUGAGGGCUGGUGUGGUCAGGAGUCAUCAGAUGUUGAGAGCUGGUGUGAUCAGGAGGAGUCAGGUGUUGAUGGCUGGUGUGAUCAGGAGUUUGAUGGCUGGUGUGAUCAGAAGGAGUCAGGUGUUGAUGGCUGGUGUGAUCAGGAGUCGUCAGAGUCAGGUGUUGAGGGCUGGUGUGGUCAGGAGGAGUCGGGUGUUGAGGGCUGGUGUGAUCAGGAGGAAUCAGGUGUUGGAGGCUGGUGUGAUCAGGAGGAGUCAGAUGUUGAUAGCUAGUGUGGUCAGGAGAAGUAAGGUGUUGAUGGCUGGUUUGAUCAGGAGGAGUCAGAUGUUGGUGGGUGUUGUGAUCAGUAGGAGUCAGAUGUUGAGGGCUGGUGUGAUCAGGAGGAGUCAGGUGUUGAGGGAUGGUGUGGUUAGGAGUCGUCAGGUGUUGAGGGAUGGUGUGAUCAGGAGUCGUCAGAGUCAGUUGUUGAGGGCUGGUGUGGUCAGGAGUCGUCAGAUGUUGAGAGCUGGUGUGAUCAGGAGGAGUCAGGUGUUGAUGGCUGGUGUGAUCAGAAGGAGUCAGGUGUUGAUGGCUGGUGUGAUUAGGAGUCGUCAGAGUCAGGUGUUGAGGGCUGGUGUGGUCAGGAGUCAUCAGAUGUUGAGAGCUGGUGUGAUCAGGAGGAGUCAGGUGUUGAUGGCUGGUGUGAUCAGGAGUUUGAUGGCUGGUGUGAUCAGAAGGAGUCAGGUGUUGAUGGCUGGUGUGAUCAGGAGUCGUCAGAGUCAGGUGUUGAGGGCUGGUGUGGUCAGGAGGAGUCGGGUGUUGAGGGCUGGUGUGAUCAGGAGGAAUCAGGUGUUGGAGGCUGGUGUGAUCAGGAGGAGUCAGAUGUUGAUAGCUAGUGUGGUCAGGAGAAGUAAGGUGUUGAUGGCUGGUUUGAUCAGGAGGAGUCAGAUGUUGAUGGGUGUUGUGAUCAGUAGGAGUCAGAUGUUGAGGGCUGGUGUGAUCAGGAGGAGUCAGGUGUUGAGGGAUGGUGUGGUUAGGAGUCGUCAGGUGUUGAGGGAUGGUGUGGUCAGGAGUCGUCAGAGUCAGUUGUUGAGGGCUGGUGUGGUCAGGAGUCGUCAGAUGUUGAGAGCUGGUGUGAUCAGGAGGAGUCAGGUGUUGAUGGCUGGUGUGAUCAGAAGGAGUCAGGUGUUGAUGGCUGGUGUGAUUAGGAGUCGUCAGAGUCAGGUGUUGAGGGCUGGUGUGGUCAGGAGUCAUCAGAUGUUGAGAGCUGGUGUGAUCAGGAGGAGUCAGGUGUUGAUGGCUGGUGUGAUCAGAAGGAGUCAGGUGUUGAUGGCUGGUGUGAUUAGGAGUCGUCAGAGUCAGGUGUUGAGGGCUGGUGUGGUCAGGAGUCAUCAGAUGUUGAGAGCUGGUGUGAUCAGGAGGAGUCAGGUGUUGAUGGCUGGUGUGAUCAGGAGUUUGAUGGCUGGUGUGAUCAGAAGGAGUCAGGUGUUGAUGGCUGGUGUGAUCAGGAGUCGUCAGAGUCAGGUGUUGAGGGCUGGUGUGGUCAGGAGUCAUCAGAUGUUGAGAGCUGGUGUGAUCAGGAGGAGUCAGGUGUUGAUGGCUGGUGUGAUCAGGAGUUUGAUGGCUGGUGUGAUCAGAAGGAGUCAGGUGUUGAUGGCUGGUGUGAUCAGGAGUCGUCAGAGUCAGGUGUUGAGGGCUGGUGUGGUCAGGAGGAGUCGGGUGUUGAGGGCUGGUGUGAUCAGGAGGAGUCAGGUGUUGAGGGCUGGUGUGAUCAGGAGUCAGGUGUUGAUAGCUAGUGUGGUCAGGACAGGAGGAUUCAGAUGUUGAGGGCUGGUGUGAUCAGGAGGAGUCAGGUGUUGAUGGCUGGUGUGAUCAGGAGGAGUCGGGUGUUGAGGGCUGGUGUGAUCAGGAGGAGUCAGGUGUUGAGGGCUGGUGUGAUCAGGAGUCAGGUGUUGAUAGCUAGUGUGGUCAGGACAGGAGGAUUCAGGUGUUGAGGUCUGGUGUGGUCAGGAGGAAUCAGGUGUUGAUGGCUGGUGUGGUCAGAUGUUGAUGACUGUUGUGGUCACAGAAGAGUCAGGUGUUGAUGGCUUGUUAGGUCAGGAGAAGCCAGGUGUUGAUAGCUAGUGUGAUCAGGAGGAGUCAAGUGUUGAUAGCUGGUGUGGUCAGGAGGAGUCAGGUGUUGGUGGCUUGUUAGGGCAGAAGCCAGGAGAAGUCGGGUGUUGAUAGCUGGUGUGUUCUGGAGGAGUCAGGUGUUUGUGGCUUGUUAGGGCAGGAGCCAGGAGAAGUCAGGUGUUGAUAGCUGGUGUGGUCAGGAGGA